UCCCUUUCUUUGACAGUGUUUCAUUUUCAGAUUUUCAGUCAGCAUGAGCAUUGACGCUCAGCUUGAGGCUGUUGGAGUGCUGGACUGCGCGCGCAUUCGCCAGUCGCUGAGUCUCCCAGACACCUCCCCAGAUGCGUGGAUGCAGCUGGUCAGGAUGUCUCUGUCGCCGUUCGGUGACGUACUCGUUGCUGCGACCAAGCGGCGGUUUAUCGUCCUGCGACCACAACCCAGUCACAGCGGAGCUACUGCUGAGCCGCCAUCAUCAUCAUCAUCAUCAUCAUCACCAGCCAACGCUGGAGCUGGAGCUGGAGCUGGAGCCGGAGCCCACGCUGGCGCAAUGCGCUUUGCUGUCGUCGCGUCGGGCAGCGAGUGCGCUGGGCUGGACGACUUUAUCACGGCCGUCCUCGUCCUGCCAAUGUCAGUGCCUCUGGCAAGCAGUCACAGUGGACAUACACAACAGCACUAUGGAGCAGACCAGCGCGUUCGAGACACCGUGGUCGUCGUUGGCUACUCGUCAGGUUACGUUCGCUUCUUCACCGAUCGGGGCGAGCUCGUCAUGUCCCAGCUGCUGCAUAGUGCGCCAGUCGUGCAGAUCAAGCUGCGAACAACCUACCGCAGGCGCGAAAUGAACGAUGACCUCACGGUGCUGUUUCCUGGCACGGCCGUUAGCAUUGACGGUUUCAGCCUGCUGCAGAGUUUGCUCGCGUGCAUUGGGCAACUCUCGGCUGGUGCGAACAGUGCUGCUGCACAAGUGGCGUCUACCUUACCUGCAGGAAGCGCGGCAAUUGCAUACAAGAAGUGGAACUUUAACCAGCAAGAAGAGACGUGCGAUCUUGUGAGUUGUGCGUUGGAAGCGCCAAACGCCUACGACCACCUGAUGAGCAUGAGCGUCGGCGCCAUGCAUCCCGUGCACCGCUACAUUACUGUCGGCAAGCUCCCAAUGAUUGGUCUCUACUCUACCACCGAAGGGCAGCGGCCGUUCUUCUCGGCUGUGGCACUCGCGUCCUCCGUGGCCAGCACGCUGACUUCGGCAGUCUUUUCGUUUGCAAAGAAUUGGUGGGGUGGCGGCUCCACCCAGCAGCAGCAGCAGCAGCAGCACCACCAACAGCAACAGCAACAACAACAGCCGCCCGUCAUUGAACAAGGAAGCCUUCUUCCGCUGCGCUCUUCCAUUUCCGACCCUCGACGAAGAAUUGCUAGCAUCCAACUUGACCCGUCAGGGACACUUGCAGUGACCACGGAUGGAUUUGGUCGCGUCAUGCUGUUGGAUGUCGCAGACGCCACUAUCGUGCGCAUGUGGAAGGGGUAUCGCGACGCCCAAUGCGGCUGGAUUGAAGUCGACGAAUUCAUUGCCGACGAAGAGCUAGUGCACGGUCAACAACAGCGUGCGGCAUGCCGUGCCUCGUUCUUGUGCAUCUACGCGCCGCGCCGUGGAUUGCUGGAGGUCUGGGCCAUGCGAUACGGACCUCGUGUCAAGGCGUUCAACGUCGGCCCUCACGGCACACUGCUUUCCGCCGGAUACCAAACUCUGGGUGCACCGCUUGGUGUCUCUGUCUCGUCUGACGAGGCUGCAGGCAGUGGUGGUGCUGCUCCCUCCGCUGCUUCUGCCCUUGAUCGACUGCUUGUGCGGCAGCAGCAAGACGGAGGGGUAUUGGCCUCAAUGGCGUCCUCGCCUUCGCUGGUCGCAUGCUCGUCGCGAAGCGUGUUUGUGGCAGCAGAUGGCACCGUGUUUGAUAUUGUCGUUCCAUUCCAUUGCGCUGCUGAUGGCCAGGAUACACGGCGACGCGAUCAGCAGAUUUUGCGACAACUCAUGCGCCAAGUCUCGCUUGCCGAAUCCAGCAACCCAGCCGCCUCUUUGCAACAAGUAGCAGAUGUAAACGACGAGUACAUUGCGGCGGAUGGGUCGGUGUUUUGCCCACUCCCGGCCGAGGCGGCCAUUUUGGACCUCAUCAAGUCGCUGCACGGCGCAGAGUCGUUGCAAGAGGCUCUCACCUUCUUGGUUCAACCCUUCCUUCGCGUGUCCUUCCUCGUUGCAGCCACAGAGUUGGUUUUGUCAAUGAUCACCACCUUAUUUCACAGGCAAGAUGAGACGCACGGCUCCCCGGCGUCUGGAAAGCUUGCCGGAGGCCAACCAGGUGCUCAACCUCCGUCCCCAUCAGGUGGCUCGGUGUCGUUCAGCCCUGAGCAGUUUGCGGUUGUGUCCCAGCAAGUGCUGUCGCGGUUAUCGCUGUUGCGCUCGUAUCAAGUCCUCGUGCAGCUUGCUGGCGCUGUCCCGGCAAACACAACUCGAUCUGCACCCGACAAGCAGCACUUGUUGGAAGCCAUCGCCGUCCUCGAACUCUCUCCCGCUCAUGCUGAGCACUUUGUCGAUAUGCUUGCCUUUGCCGUUGCCGUCGAACACGAGCAGCACGGAAGUGUCACCGACGUCGCCAUCCCCGACCUGCUAGCCCCGUCCGAGUACCUCGCUUGCUUCAAGACGCUGCCUCCGACCACAGGCGUGCAAACUGGGUCGGCCGACCUGUUAGCCGCUGUGCAACCCGACUUGUCUGACACGCUUCGGCUUCGGCUGGCCACAACCCUGUUCCAUCACUUGCUCCUCGGGCAAUGGUCUGCGAGUAAUCUACGCGCUGUGCUUGGAGCAGUGCCAGUCGCGCCAAUCGAACUUCUCGCGCUGUUUCUCGCGUUUGUGCUACAUUGCGUGCCGCGGGUAGAGCGCAUUGCCAGACACCCGACUGUCGAGCGCCUGCAUACGGUCGUUGGAGCCCUGCUGGCGACUGCCUCCUCAUCUGCCGCGUCCACGGCUGCCACAUCUCACGCAAAGAGCAACCCUCUGCUGUCGCAAUCUCAGUUGUGGUGGCGAGGACUCUUUAACACGCUAGAGCGCUCGCCGAAUCUGGCCAAUGCGCUGAUUAUUGCACACAUUGCUCGGAGCCUCAUCCAAGACAUUUCCGGUGUGGCAUCUGAUGUGCCUUCGUCGCCUUUGUCCGCUCCUGCGAAUGGCCAGACAACCUCGCCGCCGGAAUUGACGUUGCACGCAUGGUCGCAGCUCUGUGCUCGUCUUGAAGAUGCGGUGCUGCUUCGAGCAGGGGUGAGCCCGGCUGUCGUGCAAGCUUUUUGCGGGGCUUCUGCCUUGUCCGUGUUCUAUCUUCGCGACAAUGGGAGUGUGGUCGAGUUGCUGGCCCUGCAGUGCGUUGCCCUCGGGCUGGACGUGGACGAGCUGGUUGACUUGUUCCAGCGAGGCCACGUUGCUACUGGCGCUGCUGCUGCCAGUUCAGCCUCUUCGACUGCUGAGCCGUCCGCCUCGGCGGUGCAGCUGACAUUGCGGCCAGAGGACGGACUGGCACGCUCUUUGUUGAGGCGGAUGCUGGAACACUUUGGCGCCAGCAUUCUGCCUGCCGAGCUGCUUGCACAUAUUGGCUGGAUGCUCGUGCAGCAGUGGACACGCGAAGGUCAAGACCAGAUUGACCGUCUUGAACGUGCCUUGCAGUGUUUCACAGCAAUCACUUCGCCACGAGUCGUCGCCCUGCAGGCGUCCUUCUCGCAAUCGACUCACGCAGCGGCACAACAGCAGUGCUGCAAGCUCGCAUCGUCCAUGUUGCAGCUCGUUUGGGACGCCUCGUUGUCAAAGGUGUUUGGCGCGUUGGUUGCCUUGAUGGACAAGGUGGGCAAGUGUCCCAAGGAACGCCUGCUGCAAAAGGCGUUGGAUAUGAGCUCCAACAGCACCAUCUGUUUUGUGCGCUGCUGCCGCACGGUUUCGCUGCUCUUGAUUGAGCGCCUUGCUGAUGAAGGCAUCAAGCCGAGUGCCGCUGUGGUCCAAGUGACUGGACAGUUCCAGAUGGAUUACCACACGGGUGCUGUUUCGCUCAGCCCGCUCGCAGCGUCGGCGACGAAUCAGAAAAGCGCGACGACGGAUCUCGGCAAGCCACCAGCGGCGGCUGCAGUCUCACCGGCCGUUGGCCCUAUGACUGUAUCGGGAAUGCUGCCGACUUUGGGGGCCACGCGACUGAGGCCCGAGUGGCAACUCACAAAAGCAGACCGGACUUGCAUUGUCGCUCGAGCGCUCAAUCUCGGAAGUACAGUGGCGCGGUCUCCUGCUGGAAUGAACUUGCUGGCGAUGCACAUUCUGCUGCUAGACUCUGCUCUUUGCGUUCUGGAGGCGGAUAUGCGGAUGGUUUCGCCGUUGCGCUUGCUGACGGAAGAAUCGCGGCGAGCCUUGCUCCGCGCACUCUCUGCCAAGCUUGCCACUGCCGAUGAUCUGGCCGUGUUUUCGCUCCAGUCUGUCACUGCCGUCGACCGCUCGCGUGAUGCAGAUGUGUUUCAGUCGCGCCAGGUAUUUAUCGCGCAGGCAUUGAAGCGUGCCGCUCGGCCCGACCUGGUGUCGCUCGUCAUGACAUUGCCCAGUCGCUUUGGCAUGGACCCCGACGAGUUCCAGCGCCAGCGCGUUUGUGACAUGUAUCGACAGGGUCUGGAUGGCUCUGGCGAAGAGGCAGCUCGACAGGUUGUGCACAAGGCAAAGUUGGGCACCGCGCUUCUUGGGAUUGCCGCGUCGCGCACUGUCCGAUUCCUCACGAUGGGGACUCCAGCUCAGAAUAUGGCGCGAGUGUCGUGUUUCCCUCACGAGGUGCACAGCUGGGUUUGCUCGGUGAAUGAUGCCGAUAGUCGCGAAGGCACGGACGACGGGCUGGAUGCUGUGUUGGCGGAUGAUUCGGCGCUGCCCAAAUUGCGAGCACUCGUGUCACUGUGUGUUUCACUGCUUCCUGCAGGCUCUGCUGACUCUCAAAUGAGCAGGCGACUGCUAUCCGCUCUUGAAAGUUUGCGAUAACAAAAAGUAGAAAAGUGCGUCCGUGUUUUUGGCAUGUGUGUGUGAUCCAUGAUGUUGUAUUUUGACUGUAAAAUGUUAUAUUCUUGUGAGA